UUAGAACCCAAAUGGCCCUUCACCUUCCUCCUUCACAGCUCUGCAUCCUCAGAUUCUAUUUCUGGAAGACCCUGAGGAUCAUCUGCCUCCCCUGCUUCCCAGUUUCCACCAUCCUCCUGUCACCUCAUCCCUUAGCUGGGCACCAGGAUCCCAGGUCCCGCCUGUCCUUGGGCUUCUUCUCACCCUGCCUCACCCACCCCUGCCUCCUCUCAGGGUCUCUUCCCAAGCCCGGAAGCAGCCAGGCUUUGGAAAGGCGCCUUAUCCCCACCGGUGGAGGGGCCCCCAGUGUCCGCCUCCCACCCCAUGGCGGCUGAGAGCCCCACGUGACUGUCCAAGGCAGAUGUUUCCUGCUCCCUGGGGAAUGCUGCGUCAGUGGCCAGGCCAGCCGCAGAGCUGACAUCUCCCUGACCCACCAUGGGCCCCAACCUGCUCAUGCUGUUGCUGGUGGGACUGGCAGGCCAGGCCUCCACCAGCUUCCCGGAAGUGCUGCAGGCCCCCGUGGGGGGCUCCAUUCUGGUGCAGUGCCACUACCGGCUCCAGGACGUCAAGGCUCGGAAGGUGUGGUGCCGGUUCCUGCCCGAUGGGUGCCAGCCCCUGGUGUCCUCGGCUGUGGAUCGCGGAGCCCCGGCGGGCAGGCGCAUGUUUCUCACGGACCUGGGGGGUGGCCUGCUCCAGGUGGAGAUGAUUACCCUGCGGGAGGAGGACACCGGCGAGUACGGCUGCGUGGUGGAGGGGGCGGCGGGGACCCAGACGUUGCACAGGGUGGCCCUGGUUGUGCUCCCUCCAGCUCCUACCCCGAAAGAGGAGGAAGAGAACUAUAAGGUUGGGAGUCUGGCUGACGGCCCCUUCUCAGACAUCGUGGGCAGUGCCAGCCCUUUGGAACCCAGCCAGGAUGAGAAGAGCAUCCCCUUGAUCUGGGGCGCUGCGCUCCUGCUGGGCUUGCUGGUGGCAGCAGCCGUGCUAUUCGCUGUGAUGGCCAAAAGGAAAGGGACCAGGCUUGGUGUCUGUGGCCAAUCUCAGAGCAGCAGAGUUUCAGGCAAGGCCUCCUCCUCAGUGGUCCACCACAUCAGUGACUCUGGCCUUGGAGUUGAUUUUCCAUCGGACAUACCGUAUGCUAGGCUCGACUCGCCACCUUCCUUUGACAAUACCACCUAUAGCAGCCUACCUUUUGAUCCCCCAUCAGAGGACUCUCCAUCCCCAGCCCAAUCCUCAUCGCCUCCUCUGCCUCCUAAAGUCCUGAUGUACUCUAAGCCUGUGACAUAUGCCACAGUUAUCUUUCCUGGAAGGGACAAGGGUGGAGGGGCCACCUGUGAGCCAACCCAAGAUCCACUGACUAGCCAAACGGCACCCAGCUAAGCUGUUCAUCAUACUAUUACCACAGAGACCAUCCCCAGAGUUCUAUGCAUCCAGCCAGCCAGCCCAUACCCUAGAUCCUUAGUAUAUCAGAACAGCUAGGGACUUUAGGAUCUAAUCUAACAUCUUGACUUUUCUGAUGUGGAAAGUGAUACUUAUAUGUGAUUGAGAUAUGCUAGGAAUGAACCCCCCAUGCUGGUUCCUCUGCCCUUAAACCACUGAGGUAAAUAAACUCUGAAUGAUAAUAUAUGAGCUCUUGAUAGUUGACGGGGAAAGAAAGGGCCUGAGUUUGACUAUUCACAUGGCCUGGGAACUCUAAAGAUUCUAGUCCAGAGUUUGUGCUAUGAUUUCCUGCCUGUCCUGCCAGUGAGGGCAUGGUUUCAUUCCUGGUCAGAAUUCCGGGAUGCAGUCUGAUUCAAGGGGCACCAAGAAGGCAUCUUCGAAUGUA